ACGUUACGUGAAGGGGCGGGGAUGGAGUCGUAAAUGUGUUUGCUGUGCGUUGAGCGCACAGGUGAUCUUCGCUCUCGCUGUGGAUCGGUGAGAACAUGGGGAAACUUCAGGAGUUUGAGGUUACAUUUGACAAAAACAAAGUGGUGUACAGUCCGGGCGAGUCUAUUGCUGGAACCGUGACAAUCAAAUUGGGCCAGCCGCUGCAGUGUAAAGCCAUCAAAGUGAACUGCAAUGGUUUCUGUGGCAUCACCAAUAAGGAAAAUGACACGGCAUGGAUGGUGGAGGAACAGUACUUCAAUAGCACCGUCUCUGUUGCAGAUAAAGGAACCCUGAAACAGGGAGAACACACUUUUCCCUUCAAGUUUCUCAUACCAGACUCUGCUCCGACAUCUUUUGAAGGCAACUAUGGCAGGAUCAUUUACAGAGUGAGGGCUUUUAUUGACACACCUCGAUUUGCCAAGGACUACAAUACAGAGAAAGCUUUCUACCUGCUAAGCCUUCUAAACCUGAAUGAAGUGCCAGACAUAUGGGGAACCUGUUCAUCGUCAGUCACCCAGCAGUUCACCUACAUGCUAAUGAAAACAGGCACAGUGGUCCUGAAGGCCCAGACUGACAAGAAGGGUUACACACCAGGCCAGAUCAUCCAGGUGACGGCCAACAUCCACAACCAGUCUGGGAAGACCACAGGCAACAUUGCGGGCAGCCUGAUGCAGAGAGUGACCUAUGAGAUGAAGAGGCCCACCCAUGAUGUGAGGACGAUAGCGGAGGUGGAGGGUGGUGUGGUGAAGGCUGGCAAGGAGCUAGAGUGGAAGGAGCAGAUCAUUGUUCCUCCUCUUCCACAGUCAUCCCUCGCUGGCUGUGAUCUUAUAAAGAUUGAAUAUUAUGUCAAAAUCCGUCUAAAAUCUCCAGACGUCAUGUUGACAUUACCCAUCCACAUCGGGAACGUCUCACUAGACAAAAAACUGUACCCUUCCAAAAAAGCAGCUCCUCCUUCCUCUGCCACAGCUGAAGAUACACCAGCCUCUGCCUCUACCCCUGACACCAUCACCUCUGCCCCCACCCCAACACCGCCCCCUCGCCCUGCCCCAAAACUCAUUCCCCGUCCCACUCCUCGUUCCAGGGUGUCCUCCCAUAAUUCCCCCAGCGCUCCUCCAGCUGAGUACCACCAGGGAGCAGAAGGUGGGACUCCGAUGAAUGAUGGCUUCCCCAAUAAACGCCAGUCUCAGCUGGUGUCACCCAAUGCUUUCAGCUAUGCUCCCGGCCUCUUUUUCUACCAGCAGCACAAUGGCCCCGGUACUGUACCCAGUGGGCCUAUGUCCAGUGAGUCCACAGGGCCCACAGCACUUUACCCCCCUGAGGGUGCUAGCUCAAUGCCAACACAACUCAUCCUGCCUCCAGACUACGGCACCUCGGCAUAUCCACAAGAAGCUCCUCCAUCUUAUGAUGAGAGCUGCAGCACAUGAAGUGGAUGAAGAGCCAGCAACCUCCCACCAGGAUGAUGAUCACUUCACUCUGAUAUCAAACAAAAUGUUGAACUAAAACUGCAAUUCAUGUUGAUGUAGUUCCAAAGUAAAUUUUACUUGGACAAAGGUAUUGCAAGACACAGAGGAAACCUAAUGGAACAUAGUGUUAUUUUAGGCCUUAACCCUAACAUUUUGUGUAAGUUUCAAGAUUUUCUAAAUGUAAUUGAUUCAGCAUUUUCAAUUGAAAUGAAAGUGAACUGACAUCAAACUCUGCUGCCCAGUGAAGUACCUUCACUAAUCUAACGUGGGUUAAUCUCUCAUGCAAACCAUCUUUUUGAAAUCAGUUCGUAUACUUUUCACACUUUGAAUGAAGGGAAAGAGAAGGGGAAUAUGCAGAAUUUUAUUUGCUGUUCUUUGUACGGUAACAGGAGUCAUGUUUUUAGUUGUGGGUUAUUUAGAUGGCAUCUGUGAUCUCAAGUUUUAAAGUUUUAUGUAUUAAAAACCUGUGCAAAAUCUCAUCUAAUAUUUAGUCUUAAUAUCUUUCUUAUUUUCUCAAAAGCCAAAUAAGAAAUUAACCUGUGGAAUUUUUAUCACAAAUGUGAAAUAAUCUUUAAUCUUCUGGCAUAUUUUUCAUUUAUUGUGAGUUUGAAUAUUUAAAACUAAUUAAAUGAUUAAAUGGUUUGUUUGGGAAGAUCUGUUUUUAUGUGCCUUUGAUCAGGAGUUUUCAGUUUUAUGACAAUGAACAGAUUUUGCUGUUGUAAGUUGUCUACAUAGAGCUUUGUAAGGAUAUAGAUCCAGUUUAGCCUCUUAAAUGAUCAAACAUGGCAGAAAUCUUGUUACUUUCAUGUCCUUGAUCUGUGUUGUAAUGACUGUAGAAUUCCUUAGAGACAUGGUGUUGUGUAGUAUAUUCUUCUUCUCUUGCUGAAUGUGUGUUGGUUCUGUGCAUGUCUGAUUGCUUUUAAUAGUUGCACAAUAAUGCAACAUCACUGUGAUCUGAGGUUUUCUUUGGCCCUUCUUGAUGUAGUUCACAUCAUCUAUCUUAAUCAUAGUUUUGUGAAAACAUUUUUAUAUUUCUUGAUCAAGUUAAUUCCAUCAAACAUGCAGAAAGACAUUUAUUUAUUGUUUUGAGUGUUUUCCAACUGCUGUCUUGAUUCCAAUAAAUCUGUUAAAACCACUUGUGUCAAACAGUUUCAUAUUUCUGACUCGGUUAGUGGGAUGUUGUUUCUUUUCAUAUUUCAUAAACACCCAAUUCUGCUUUCUGAUGCUGUUAAAGUAGACACUUGAUGUUUUUAAAAGGAUGUAACUUUACUAAUUGGUAAUGUACAUGUUAGGAGCAUGUUUGUGCAUGUUAAUGUUACUCGUUUGCAAUAAUAGUGGUACUGUUGCAAAGAAUGUGUUUAGAAUUUGUCCUGUAGGGAGAAAGUAAAAUAAGACAGGAAGUCUUAUUUUGUAGUGUUCUCCUUUCCUCAUGUGUUUUGUGGUUUUACUUCCUGUCGUUGUUUGCUUUCCCUCCAGUUUAGAUUGUUGGCCCCACCUUGAUUGAUUGCACCUGUACCUCGUUGUCUCCCCUACCUAAGUGUAUUUCGUCCGGGUUUUUUCCUUUUUUCACUGUCAGUUCAUUAUCAUGAUCAUUUGCAUCAGUAGUUGUAUGUGGUCUACAUGUCAGGUGUCCCAGCCUUGUUUCCUGUCUCCUGGAUUUAUUUCUGCGUUUGUUGGACCCUGCCUCAACUUUUAGUUUUUGUUUAUUUCCUGCUCCUUGUCUGAUUUGUUUGCUUGUCUUGGACUGCCUUCCCAAUUUGGACCUUUGCCUGCCUGACUACCCAUGUAAACCUUCCCUGCAAUAAAUUAAUGAACUGCA